GUUCGUCUCAGUCGGCAGUCCGGUGACUCCCAUUGGAACCUCCCCCUCCUCGGUUUCUCCGCUCCCAUCUGAGUGAGUGAGUGAGUGAGUUCGAGCUCGCUUUAACGAGGAGAGGCUGGCGUGUUGCGCAAUCAGACAGGGAGCGGGAUGUUUACUAACCUUGAACUAGUUCCAAUGCAAGGGAAAGUGUUUGAUGUGAAGUCUGCCAUAAAGCGUCUUCACUCCUGUGCAGCGCCGGACGAGAAUGUGUAUUUGAUCUUUGGUGGAAAGAUGUGAAGUAAACGCGCAGUGAAGCUUGGAUUUACAUCUGCCUUGGUUUUAUUUAGCUUCAUACUUUUCAAAGCAAGCUUUCUUCUUGUGUUCCUUGUUGCAAAACUGGUCCCUGCAGAGCUGUCCGCGGAACCCACAGCUUGUAUAGAUGGGUGUGUGAGUACAGUGAGCCGCCCCCAUGGCCCUGGUGCAGACUCUGCCCGUACCUAUUGAUCACCAGAACACCAUCAUCGAUAUCCAGCACCGGGCUGUUCCCAGAUACCCCUCCAGCCGCAGUGCAAUGGGUUCGGUCAGCAGCCUGAUCUCGGGGCGCACCUAUCAAGAGCAUCCGUGCAGGGCCACCGAGUUCCCCUCCAAGAGCCACAAGCCAGCGUCGGGACCCAACGUCUUCCGCCAGCAAGAUGGGCAGCUCAGGAACGGCUGCUGUAAGGACCCCCUGGUCAGCGGUGUGCCAGCCAGGAAGGCAGCCCCUGUUACCGAGAGCAACAGUAAUUAUGCUUACCUGAACGAGGAGUUUGUUGGGGACUGGAAUGACAAUAACGUGACUCCCAGCAGCCCUUGUAGCGAGCCCGAGGAACUCCGGGAAGCAAAAGCAGCAAACGGGAAUAUCAGGGGACCCCCACCAAAACUGAUUCCUGUUUCCGGAAAACUGGAAAAGAACAUUGAGAAGAUGUUAAUCCGACCCACAGCCUUUAAACCUGUGGUGCCCAAGAACCGAAACUCUGUGCAGUACCUCUCUCCACGGCCAGGGGGCAGUGCAGGGAGUGGCAGCAACCUGUCAGAGAGCCAGGGCAGCCUGAACCUGCUCCUCCCGGCAGACAAGCGCUGCUCCUACAGUGGGGGGCGCAACGGCAGCAGCCAGUCCUGUACCAUGUCAGACUCUGGCAGGAACUCUCUGUCCAGCCUGCCCACCUGCAGCACCGGGUACAGCCUGUCCCAGACUGAGGCCCCCAGCGCACACCUGGACCCCUCCCGGGCAGCCCUCAGGCAUGGCCACUCCAACUCGGACAGCGGGCGCUCCUCGUCCAGCAAGAGCACCGGCUCUCUGAGCGGCCGGGGGCAGCCCCUCUCGGACAGCGGCUCCUGUGGCCGCUCCCCGGGCCCUGUGGAGGUGGAGGAGGGGCUGAUCCGCGAGCUGGAGGAGAAGCUGAGAGAGAGGGAGCUGGAGCUGCAGCAGUUGAGGGGUAACCUGGAUGAGAACGAAGCCGCCAUCUGUCAGGUGUAUGAAGACAAGCAGAAGCGCUGUGAGUUGGAGCUGGAGGACCUGCGUCAGAGCUGCUCCUCGAAGCUGAAGCAGGCUUCCCAGAAGGCUCAGCGUGCCCAGCAGGUCCUGCAGCUGCAGGUCUUCCAGCUCCAGCAGGAGAAGAAGAAAUUUCAGGAUGACUUCUCCCAGCUCCUUCAGGAGAGGGAGCUCCUGGAGAAGAAGUGCGCCUCCAUGGAGCAGCAGCACACCGAGCUGGGGCCCCGGCUGGAGGAGACCAAGUGGGAGGUUUGCCAGAAGUCAGGAGAGAUCUCCCUUCUGAAGCAACAGCUAAAGGACCUGCAGACAGACUUGAGCCAGAAGGCCAGUGAGAUUGUUUCCUUGAAGGCGCAGCUGCGCGAGUCCAGGGCCGAGCUGCAGGCCGCCCAGGCUCACCUCCAGGAGCUGCACUCAGCCACCCGCACACGCACCCUGGAGCUGGAGGUGUGUGAGAACGAACUGCAGCGCCGCAUCAGCGAGGCUGAGCUCCUGAGGGACAAGGUGGGCCGGUUGGAGGAGGAGGUUGUCCGUCUUCGGGAAGCGCUGAAAACCCCCAAUGGGCAGUGCCUAGGGAGGAGCUUCGGCCUGGCUCCGCCCACAGGCUUGGGCUACAGGGAGGAAGAGCAGUCCCUGGCAUGCGAGAGUGAUGAAGCCAAAGCCCAGCGUCAGAACGCAGAUGCCCUGCAGGGCCUGAAACAGCAAGUGGAGAGGCUGAGGGCAGAGCUGAUGUAUGAGAGGCGGAAGAGCGAGGACCAGUCAGAGAACUUUGAGUACGAGAGGCGGAUCUGGCAGGAGGAGAAGGAGAAGGUUAUCCGCUACCAGAAGCAGCUGCAGCAGAACUACAUACAGAUGUACCGCAGGAACCGGGAGCUGGAGGGGGCCAUGAGGGCGCUGAGCCUGGAGCUGGAGACCCGAGAGCUGGAGGACCUCGAGGUACACAGCGCGGAGAUCCGAUUCGAGGAAAUCACUGCCACAGAGAUUUAGCACUAGGGAUGAAAGCCACUGGUCCAUCUGAGGCCAGUCGAGCUUCAAAGAAUCAACAUUUCAAAGAGUCACGCCAAGCCCAGAGCUAUGGCAACCGCUGUGUUGGGAGGAUGUCAGACAGUUUUUUAUGCAGCAUUCGGUCUGGGAAUCUAUGCUGUAAAACCCCAGGGAGGACACAACAGUGUAUACUAUACAAAGCUUACUCAGGCUUGAGAAAAGUGACCCCUUCCCUGAGCACACACAACAGUGCCAUUCUGUGCUAUAGACGGUUAACAGUUAUCUGAAUAGGCUUCUGUUUCUCCUCUGCAAUGGGAAGUAAAGCUGCAAACAUAUGCAUAACGGUAUUGAACAACAUGUGCUUUAUAUUCAAAAAGGAAAACCAAUGGGUCUGGAUUGGGGACUUGACGCUAUUUCUGUGACCAGACAUGUUUAGCAAACAGAAACCUUCGGCAAGACCAGAUUUGUGUUUGGACCCAAUGGAUUGCACUAAAACCGAAUCACACACCAUGAAGAGGAGUUAGCAGAACUAUGCCUGUGGGGUAAAGCCUGGGGGUAUUAAGGAGUCAUGGUUUUAGCCUUUCAUUCCUGUAAGGGGAUUCAUAUGUCAUAUUUCAAGUUGAAUGUGGCACUGCAGUACACCAAAUCUGUUUCUAUAAAAACCUCUUUUUGUGAUCUAUUGUUUUUGGAUACAUUUGUUUUUGGACCAUGGUAAACUUUUAUAAUAAAACAGAGACACAGCCAAGACCUUCUGAUCAGUCCUCCCAGUUAACAUGCCAAGCACUGGGUUCGAUUCAUGUUGUGAUGAUGAUUGGUGAUUGAUGGUGGUGGUGAUGAUGAUGAUGGUGAUGAUGAUGAUAAAGCUGCUCACAGUUGGAGACAGGCGUCUAUUGAAUAAAAUAUUUCCAGAAAGGGGGUGCAGUUUCCAUACCUAAAGGGAUCAAUUCUAAUUUUGAUGGUUGAAGUUGAACCCACUUUUCAGAUGUAUAUUUUUGUAUGAUGAACUGCAAAAGCCAAAAUUAUUAUUUUGUUGUCUAUAAAACACAUAAUAAACCAUAUUGCAACUGUGCUUGUCACUAAA